CAGCUUAAGAAGUCUUUAUCUCAGUCAAGUGGUCAGUAUAAAAGUGAUUACUUUGCUCGUUAUCAUCAAUUUGAGACGUUCGUGUAGCUGGCCGUGCGAGCAGAUGAGAUAACGCUCACCUCAUAUGGUGCUCAUCACCACAGAUCCUUCAUUCUUCAAGGAUUUAGUCUAAAGAUAUCUUCUUAUUAUCUCAAACCUUGCCAAGAGACAACGUCUUUCAGUUAUUUUCACAUACUCCCUCGAGCAGUACACUUCAAUAGCGUCACGCGCACGUCAGGCGAGAGUUCAACGCACUCUCGCGUGCUUAAAGACUGGUUAAGUACUCUCCAACACAUCAUUUCGACAUUGCUGGCUUGUCAAGGACAACGUGUGCUCGGAACGUGGUCGAAAGAACUCUAUAUAUUGUAUAUUGUGCUGGCUUUAACUCUCUGUAAGCAGAAGUGCUCAGAUUAGUCAGAUAUACAUCGUGAUUUUGUUUGUAUUUUUUGUAAUUAAAGACGUGACUUGGCUUGAAUUGACUGUGACAAGUACUGACAUUGUAAGCUGAGGUGGUUCUAUAUGCGUCUUGGUUUUUGGUUUGUAAUAUCUGUAUAAUAUCUUGGCGUUGAACUAGCUCGAAUUAUCUGUUACUGAACAAAUUCUGACUGACUCUACGUUGCAAAAUAUCGCGAGAAACUUGGCUGCUUUCAGGAUUCGCUGUAAUCAGAACCUUGUAUUAUAGUACUGGCUUGUACUGCCUUGAGUUAUUUACACACAGAAGAAUUUUCCACCAAAUACUGGCACAGAUUCUCUCUAUACAGACAGUCAUAGACCGUGGAGGGCGCUUUCCCAAGUGUAAUUAUCUAUCCAACUGGCCAGUGGCGUUGCAAUAGUGGCAGUUUAAAAUCAACGGAAUAAAAACUUCCUCAGAAAUCCCCUGAAAUUGUACACACAACUCAAAUUUCCUAAUAGUUUCCUGAAACUGUAUACUGUAUUGGACCGCUUGUUGUUUCGACACGAAGACUGAUUGUUACCGCAGGUUAACCUUGGCUGGACAGAAUUAACUUUGUUUUGAAAUUAGGAAAUCUUAAACGGGAUCAGAACUUGCUGCUCUCGUGCUUGUCGACUCGAAAGGUGACAGAAGUAGAGCCUUAACACCUUGCACGAUAGGGAUUUGAUACGGUAAAAAAAAUUCUUAACAGAGAUUGAAAGAAGCAACGACAGCUUGUCAAGAGAAUUGGUUUAAUCCGUGCAGUACUACGUGAACCCUGACUGUGAAAGCAGUGUGGUCGUCUGAACGUUGUCUUAGCUUGAUCUAUGUGGACAACUUGGACAUAAAAUAUGGCUAUUCUACCUGGCAAUACAACGUUUCCUUUGAUCAACAGCACCGUGAAUGCAAGCUUUAACCAUUCACUGCAUAACCAUGCUUCCGGGUUUAAUCCAGUCUACGACACGUUUAUAAUCUUCCUUGCUUUACUUAUCAUCGCCAUUAACGGCCUCGUCAUCUGUUUAUUCAUCUGGAAACCUUGCCUAAAAGAAAUCACAAAUUAUUUCCUCGUUAGUUUGGCCGUAAGCGAUGGGUUGACAGGACUAGUGGUUAUACCCUUGCAUUUUGCGUGUAUGCUGUCCGGCAAUAAAAUUGAGUUGUGUUUCAGUUUCGAUAUGGUGCAUCGUGUGACAGCGUUCUCCACCGUGUAUCAUUUACUUCUUAUAACCGGCGAUCGGUAUGUUGCUAUCACGCGACCGUUCCGCCACAGCAGUACAUUUACUCCUCGUGUAGGCUACGCUCUCCUGGCUACAGUCUGGGGCGCGGCAAUGUUUUUGCCACUAAUCCAACUUGCCUGGUACGACCCGUACAACCUCCACGUAAUAAAUCCGCGCAUACGUCGCUACGAAUUACACUACAACAUUACCUGUGCCGUCAUCGCGUUCUUGGUCCCGGUUGUCAUUAUGAUCCUAGCUUAUGCUGAGAUGCUACGAAUUGUGACCCGACAUGCUCGCGCGAUCGAGGCAACGACUCGAGAGAAACAAACUUUAACCAAAGAAAAACGUGCCAUGGUGAUAUUCGCUUCAAUGUUGCUUGUCUUCAUUGUAUGUUGGUUUCCAUUUUUCUUUUCAUCCUUAGCUCAAGACCUCGAACCGACGUUUAUGGAGAUCCCCGAAGUCGCGUACUUGAUUUUGUUCUUUGUACGUUUCUGUUCGUCGAUCAUAAACCCAAUCCUUUACGUGUUCUUUAAAACCGAUUUCAAGAAAGCGCUUCGUGAAGUUGUAAUGCAGUACGAGUGUCGCGCCGCUGUCACUGGCUUUCUCCUGCAGAAUUAUUCCGUUUCCAACAACGAUGAGGACGAUAGCUCACCGCGCGCACCGCUACGAGCGCACACGCCGAGAACGCGCAGUUAAAGAACUGACUGAAAUAUUUGCAUAAUUUGCGUCUAAAUGAUGUGCGGAGUUUCGCACGUCGGGAACUUAAUCGUUUGCUAAAGACCUAGUGAAAAGAUUUGCUAUCCCACACAGACGGUGAUUUGUGAACAAAUAAUACAUUGGACAAAUUUAAUGUGUGCAUAUUUAUACUCCUUUCUCUAGAUAUUCAAAUAAGUGGUUUUCCCUAAGCACUAUCGUGCAGUAGAAGCAGCAGAUGGUGGUCAACUGGCAGUGAGAAAAUUUUAUGUUGUGGUCUUGCAAUUACUGGCAGAUAAAUAGACUUGAGAAAUGUAGUCUUGAUAUCCCAAGUUGACCACUAUAUGCUGCCAUGUAUGCUUAGAGUCAAUGAACUAAAUUUAAUAACUUUAAAGUAAGUGCAGAUUGAAAACGCAGAAACAUUCCUUUGCCUUCACAGACAGAGAAUCACCUUAUAUAUGAUAGAUAUGUACAUUUAUACACAGACGUACGAUUACAGCAUUUUCUUGGCAAAUUUCCCUUGACCAUUUUAAGUUGAUUAAUUUUUAAGCUUGUUUUCUGCAACAAAUUUCCAUAUAAAGGUUGCUAAAUAGACUAGCUGUCAGUUGGUACUGAUGAAGUCUGAGCAAUUCUAAGACUUGCUAUAAAAAAACUUGCCAUAUUGCGAAAGGCUAUUAAAGUGUUAAGUAUGGGCAUUAGGCAUUGGCCUUCUAUAUGCAGGCGAGCAAAGCGAAGUAAUGGCACUUUCUCGAUAUAUGCGCAACCGAAAUCUGUUAUAAAAAUUAAUAGACAGGUUAGGUUUGGGGUAGGGUUGUGCGUAUAUCGAGAAAGUGCCCAAUUAAUUCAUCUCAUUUUUAGCUUAUGCGUAAUUUUUGAGGGACAUUCACAUUUAUACAGACAAGCAGAAAUAAACGUAUAAUCUAUAAGUGUUUGAUACAGCCGUAAAGAGAAAGAUAAUGCCCACUGGAAGAUGUCAAUCAGAUUUAUUAAAAGAAUUUAUUCCGAAUCAUAAAAUUAUGCGGCACAAAUUCGGGUUUUGGGGUGACAGUAUAUAUAGCAAAUUAUUCUAUUCCUUGUAUUUAAGAUAAAUAUUUGAACAUAUAAUGGUGUCAGUCGUGAAAGAUAAAACUAUAGUCUUCGCGUGCGUGACUUAAUUAUAUACUAGGUUUUUUUGUACAUAUGUUAGCAAUUUGUAGAUUCAUUAACAAAUUGUGCGCGCAGUUAUGAAACGCGCGCUUCGAAUAUUCUAUAAUAUAAGUAUUAACAUAAUUUGCGUUUCUCGUCUUUUAUUGUAUGUGUAGACAUGCGUCCCAUAAUGUUCUUAAAAUAUCUUUAAAAAUGCACUUGACAUCGAGG